AUGGCCCGGUAUGCCCAGAACACCACCAUUGGCAACACCUGCCCCUGGGGCGCCGGUGAUGCCAGCCUCCCGGACGCCUUCACCCUCGCCGCGCAGAAGGCCGCGCGCCGGCGGGAGUCCAAGGAGGGAGCCUCGGAAGUCCCCGAGGUGUCUGAAGCCGCUGAGCCCUCGGAGAGCCCAAAGGAGCCGAAGGCGACCGCCCGCUCCGAGGCCCCCACCGCCACCGCGCGCUCCGCGGCCUCGCGGGCCUCAAGGGUCUCUCGGCUGGACACCGGUCGGAUGAUGAACCUGAUUGAGAAGUGCCUGGACAAGAAGGUGGACGAGAUGCGGGCAUGCACCACGCUCCGGCCCCCAAGCAACGCGGCCCGGAGCGUGCGCUCCGGGCAUUCCGUGCGCUCCGCCGAGACCGUGUCGACCCAGCCUGAGGCGCCAUCUCACAUCGAGACAGACACGAGCGUGAAGGCGGAGCCGCAGCCGGAAGCUGUGACCAUGGCCGGGAAGCGGGCCCAGGCGCACAAGCUCUCGGAUGCGGCGCUGGGGAAGUUUGACGACGACGCCUCGCGCCUGGCCUACCUGGAGAUGCAGAAGAGUGCCGCGGAGGCGCGCAACAAGAACCGCUCCGCACUCUCCUUCGGCUACGAGCCCCCGUCCCGCGAGGAGGCGAAGGGUGAGACCAUGGCCGGCAGGCGCGCGCAGGCGCAGAAGCUCUCGGAUGCUUCGCUGGGCAAGUUCGACGCCGACCAGUCACGUCUUGCUUACCUUGAGAUGCAGAAGAGCGCCGCAGAGGUGCGCAACAAGAACCGCUCCGCCCAAUGCUUUGAGAAGGCCGAGGCUCCCCAGUAUCCAGCUUUGCUGCGCGAGGUGGAGGGGCUGGCGGAGAAGAAGGGGACGAAUGUGAGCAUGGCGGGCAAGCGCGCCAAGGCCCAGAAGGUCUCGGAGGCCACGCUGGGCAAGUUUGAUGCCGACAAGUCCCUCGAUGCGUACCUUGACAUGCAGAAGAGUGCGGAGGAGCUCCGCAACAAGAGCACGCAGCCGAAUUUUGCAACCUCACGGGUGGUGAAAGAGAAGUUUUUUGGGUUCCAGACUUGGCUGGACCGGUUCGAGUGGGAGGGCAUCUCCCUCAACUGGAAAGCCUACUCGGAGCUCAUCAAGUUCUACACCUCCAGAGGCGAGCUUGAUGCAGCGUUCGAGCUCUCAGAGGAUGUGGCUAACGGCGAUGCCUUCGAGACGGGCCCAGGCGCAUGGCUGAGGCAACUCCAGGUGGCCGCCGACCAGGGCAGCGCUGGGCACGUGGAGAAGGUGGCGCGGGCGAUGCACCGGCACUGCGGCAGCCUGGGCAAAGUAGGUGAAGGUCGGUCCCAUUUGAUGCCUUGGGUUGGCAAACAGAGUGUCUUCUCCUGCCACGAGCUUCUUUGCUGUGUCAAUCGCAUUCCGAGCACCGACAACUUGACCGACGCAUCACCAGUCCACUGGACAGGUGACGAGCUCGAUUGGGUUGGCCUGAUUCGCGUGGAUGGCAGCGUCUACCGCUGGUUGGGCCGGCCAGUGCUGGACAUCGCGGCUGCGCGCCAGUUGAGUGUCGAGGUCUUGCCUACGCUAACGCGCUACGUCUUUCAGGCUGGACAGGCGACCCUAACCGUUGAGUUCCUGACGCCUGCCAUCGACCAUGACGAGGACUUCGUUUGGGCCACGUGCCCGGUGACGACCGUGAGCUUCAUGGCUGACGGCGGCCACUCCGUGGAGGUGUACUUCGACAUGUCAGCCGCGACCGCAACGCAGAAAGAUUCUCAGGAGGUCGCCUGGGCCCGUGAGUCGGGGCCCGGCAUCGAGGUCAUGCGGACGGGCACCGUCGCACAGAAGGUCUGCGGCCAGACCUCCGACCGCUGUGACUGGGGGUUCCGCCACGUGGCGGUGCCUUCCGGGGCCAAGACGGUGAUGGCGGCCGCCUCCGAAACCCGGGCCGCCUUUGCCCAGGGCAGCUACAAGCAUUUGGAGGACGACGCCGGACCCGCCCGGAAGGCUUCAGAUCGGCCGCUGGUGCUGUCGGCCUCCCUGGCUGUGCCGCCCGGGCAAGUUGCAGGGCUUCAUCUGAUGCUGGACGAGGUCGUGGCGCAGCGCUUCUUCGGAACUGACCUCCGCCCACUCUGGACCCAGCACUUCCCAAACGCCACGCUGGCCUUGGCCGCGGCAGAGCAGCAGAAGGCGCUGCGGCAAAGCCGGGCGGAGGACUUCAACAAGAAGCUCGCGGCUGAGCUGCAGAUGCAGGGGGGUGAGAAGUAUGCACAGCUUGGCUCGCUCGUGUACCGACAGGUGACGGGGGCCACGUCGGCUGCAUGGAACCACCGAGUAGGCGAGGUAUGGCCCUUCAUGAAGGAGAUCUCCUCGGAUGGAGACGUCUCAACUGUAGACGUCAUCUUUCCCGCCUUCCCAUUCUUCCUACAUCUGGCCCCUGACUUCUUCAGGAAGCUGAUGCUGCCUCUGCUCGUCUAUUCUGUGAAUGGCACCGCGCCGUAUGGCAUGGACAUCAAGUACAACUUGUCCUGGGCGCCGCACCACCUGGGCACUUGGCCGGUCUGCGACAUUCCCAGCGACCAGCAGGAGCAGAUGCCCGUGGAGGAGAGCGGAAACAUGCUCAUCAUGAUCACCGCCGUGUCGCAGAAGCUGGGGAACGUCGGAUGGCUGGCAAGUUACUGGCCGCUGCUAAAGACUUGGGCCGACUUCCUCGUGGCCUCCUUGCCGGAUCCUGGAAACCAGCUGUGCACCGACGACUUCGAGGGGCCGAACCCGCACAACGUCAACCUGGCCGGCAAAGGAAUCGUCGGCCUGGCAGCCUACGCCGAGUUGCUGAAGCUCGCGGGGCAGGGGGCAGAGUCCGCGAAAUACCGCCAGCUUGCUGAAGGGUUCGUGAAAGACUGGCUGCACGGAGCGGCCGAUGGCCAGUCUGGCAUGGCUUGGCUGGGAGUCUGGCAGGCUGAAGGCAGUCACCAAGUGAUCGUUUGCCGCACCAUUGGGGACCUCCCACUUGGUUGGUACACAACCUUGGCCAUGGGUCAAAAGCCCUGCAUCGGUGAGAAGCUCAAAGUGGAAGCGAGACUCCAAGGCCGUUUUGUUCCGGUGGCACUCGAGGCACAGUGCCUGGAGAUUCUGGGCCUGUGCGGCGAAGGACUGGUGCACGGGAACGAUGUGAGCCAACUCGCACAUGGUUGCGGUGAUGGGGGCCGCGCAGAGCUAGUGCUGAUAGUCCUGCUCCGAGAGCAGGGCUUGCCGAGAUCCGGGCGGAUCGCGGCGGGCCUCGAGAAGGUGAAGGAAGACCUCGCUCGCCGCGCCCGCCAGACGCUGCCCAAGAUGGGUGCGGGGAACUUUGGCAUGGGCCAGGCUGUUCUUGCGGCGCCGCACCACGUCUAUACUGUGGCAGAUGUGGUCCGGCUUGUGGCAGUUGACGAGCGGCGGGAGUCGGGGCAACAUGGGCGGUAA